CUUUAUUCCCAGAGUGGAGCUUACGCUGGAGCGCUCUUUGCCGCCUCUGCAGCAUUUUGAUUAGUUGUGAGGACAAAAGCUUUCCUGCCAUUCAGCUGUGCUCUGUGUUUACAUUUUUAAUUCUCAUUUCUAAUCUGCAAUACUUUAAAGAUGUGUGCUUACACAUUCCGAGCUUUUUUGGGAAUCCUCCUGUGUUCAUCAAGCCGGUGCUCGGAGUGUCCUCUUGGCUGUGAGUGUUUUUUUGUGACUCGCACAGUGAAAUGUGUCUCCACGCAUCUGCUCACAGUGCCACAAAAUAUUCCAGGAUUUUCAAGGACUGUCAUCAUCACAGGGAAUAAUAUACACCGGAUUGGACCUCUAUCAUUUACAGAGCUGGAGAAUGUCACCAACAUCAUAUUAAGCAAUAAUAGGAUCACAGAGAUGGCGUCCCACAGCUUUUCUUCUCUCCUAAACCUGCGCUUCCUGGACCUCAGUGGGAACCAGCUGGCUCUCAUCCACCCAGAAGCCCUCAGUAUACCUGGCAGCCCCCUUCAGGAGCUUAACCUGAGCCGCUCGCUGCACAACUACACCGCCCUAACAGACCUCACUACAGCUCUGCGCUGGGGCGGCCUGGGAGGUCUUCUCCGCCUCGACCUCUCUGGGAACAACCUGGCAUUGCUGCCCCCUGGCAUGUUCUCCCACCUCCCCAACCUGCAGCAGCUCUUCCUCUCCAACAACUCCCUGGUGGCUGUCUACAGUGGGACUUUCUCUGGUAUGAACCAUCUUCAGGUGCUCGACCUCAUGAGCAAUGACUUCAGGACUUUCAGGGCUGACGCCCUGCAGGAGCUCGAAAAACUUGGCAACAUCCGCAUCCUUCUUGGUGACAACCCCUACACAUGCUCCUGCGAGAUCCGUGAGUUUGUGUCCUGGCUGAAUGAAUCCAGAGUUCAUGUGGACAUAGAGGCUGUGAGGUGUGCCUCCCCAAGAAGCUUAAGUGACACCCAGGUGCGUGGGCUCAGCAGUCAGGCCAUUGGAUGUGUUGUUCUAGCCCCAGAAGAGGUGGCCGACCUCACCCUGCAGACGUCUUAUGUCUUCCUUGGGUUGGUGCUCGGGUUUGUGGGAAUGGUGUUUCUUUUUGUGCUCUAUCUGAAUCGUAAAGGUAUGAAGAAGUGGAUAAAUGAAAUGAGAGAUGCAUGUCGGGACGUGCUGGAGGGGUAUCACUACCGGUAUGAGAUUGACUCAGACCCUAGGCUGGGGCACAUCCCGCCAGGUAAUAUGGGCAGCAGAGUACAGGGGCAUUUAGGAUCUGCCCCAUCAAAGCACCUGCCAAAUAACAGCAGUAUCACCCAGAUUCCUGCUGACACACAGGUCAAACACGUGACAUCCUCUCCACCAUCGAGCCUAUGAAGCCAGAACAAAGUGUGAAUUAGAUUAGGUUUGUAAAUAGAAGAUGUUGGUAGUCACUUGUAUAUACAUAGCAGUUAUAACCUCACCUUAAAGUGCCUUUUUAUAUAGGCACCAGAGCAUUAUAUCUAUAUAAUAACCUUAUUAUUGGGUAUUUUGUUUUGUUUUAGUUCAAUAGUAUCUUGAUUUUGUCAAUUGAAUCUUUUUUUACUUUUUGGUGUUUAGUCUUAGACCAGUUUAACGCUAUUGUCAGAAGUGUUUGGUUUAAGAUGAUUGUGGCCCUCCCUGUGGACAAAGCAGCACCUCUUAGCUCUUGAUUGUGUCAUGAACGUGUCCAUGUAGUGAUUAAUGUAAAUCACACUUUUUCUCUUUUUCUCUCAAAAGUAUUAAUAAUUUAGAAUCCUUGCCAUGGAAGAUUUCAAAAGCUGUCUCUGCAGCAUGCUGUAACUUACUUUGUCAGACUGGUACCCUGCAGCAGCAAUUACAGGCUUUAAAAUAACUUUACAUAUAUAGACCCAUCUUAUUCUGGUGUUCAGUAGCUCAUAAAGAGGCAUCAGCAUUUGUUUUUGUUUCAUAACCAGAUAGACACACCUUACACAAGAAAUGACAUAGAUGGCAUGAAAAAUGUUUGUUAGAGACUGUAGACACUUUACAGUAGGAAUGAUUAGACCAUGUACGCUUCGUUGAAGUAUAAAGAAAACUCCUUAACUUGAAUCAACCCUGUGCCCAUUGUGUUGGAAUUUAAAUGUCAUUUGUAUUACUAAAUUUAAAAAGGUAGAUGU